CACGAGUGGUGUCUCUACUCUCUCGAUUCAAACCAAACCACCAUUCGAUUUUUGUUAAGAGAGAACAAACUCUAGGAUACUGACCGACCAUUAUCUCUCUUCUCCUCCGGCUAAUCCUAUUUUUAUUUUUUAAAUAAUCAUGAUUGCUGUUGUAAUCAUGGCUGAGUUACUGGUGGAGUACACGACGGCUCUAGCUAAACUCACCGCCGGGGUUCUUCCGAGACGGCAAGGUGAUGAUAGAGACGUCGUACAGAUUGGUCGUUUCUCUCUUCAUUGUCCUCCUAGAUCCUCACCUAUUCCAGAUUACUCUUCUCAUCUUGUUGAUUUCUGAUCAGCUGCGCGCAACAUUUUCAUCUCAGUUUUGUUUUAUCUUUUUCUUUUUUUAUUGAAUGGCUCAGGGCUUUGUAAACUUGUAUCGAAAUUAUAUAAUAGAGGUUCUUAUGAUUUUGAUUAACUCUUACU